AUGUCUCUUGCCAGAGUUUCUUUCAGAGCUGCACGUCAAUCGACUAUCGGAUUGCGAGCAUUCCAACCAUGUGCUGUCCGUCUGCAAUCUUCUCAAGUUGAACCAAAGGCUAAGGCUAACUCCAUCAUCGACGCUCUUCCAGGUAACAACAUUUUGUCCAAGACUGGAAUCGUUGCCACAUCUGUUGCUGGUGCCGUUUAUGCCAUCUCCAACGAACUGUAUGUCGUCAAUGAGGAGUCAAUUCUGCUUUUGACUUUCGCCGGAACUGUAGGUGUCGUAGCCAAGGUCCUAGGCCCACUUUACAAUGAAUGGGCUUCCUCCACUAUCCAGAACAUCACCGACAUUUUGAAUAGCUCCAGAACUAAGCAUGUUGAGGCUGUCAAGGGUAGAAUCGACCAGGUUGGUAACUUGAAAGACAUUGUCUCUACUACCAAGGCCCUUUUCGAGUUGUCCAAGGAGACUGCUCAAUUAGAGGCCGAGGCUUUCGCAUUGAAGCAACAAGUUGACAUUGCUGCUGAGGCCAAAUCUGUUUUGGACUCUUGGGUCAGAUACGAAUCACAGGUUAGACAAUUGGAGCAACAGCAGUUGGCUUCCUCUGUCAUUUCUAAGGUCCAGGAGCAAUUGAAGGACCCUAAGUUCCAACAGAAGGUCCUGCUACAGUCUCUUGAACAGGUUGAGCAGGUCUUUGCAAAGAAAUAG